AUGAACCGGGACAAUGAAAGGUUUCGAAUGUUCAACCCGAACCAAAAUGAUGAAAUACGGAAGCGUGACAUGUUUGGUAAAACCGACGCGAAAGAUACGAAAGAACCGGAUAUAAAGGACUUGUAUGGACCAAAAAUAACAGACGAAGAUGGAGCUCUUCUGGAUGAACACGACAGUUUUUAUUUGACUACUAAGAGUUUACUUGUACUUUUCCAAAUAAUGGGAGUCAUGCCUAUAAUGCGAGUGCCAAGAGAGGCGAAAACAACUCAACGAACUACAUUUAAUUGGAUAUCAAAGGCUACAUUGUGGGCAUACAUAGUAUGGGGUCUCGAGUGUAUCAUAGUUGUAAAAGUGGGUAGAGAGCGCCUAACAAAUUUCCAGCAGAGCUCAAACAAGCGGUUCGACGAGGUAAUCUACAAUAUUAUAUUCUUGAGCAUACUCAUCCCUCAUUUUCUGCUGCCUAUCGCAUCAUGGCGACACGGGCCGCAAGUUGCUAUAUUUAAAAAUAUGUGGACGCACUAUCAGUUGAAAUAUUUAAAAAUAACCGGAACUCCCAUUGUGUUCCCCAACUUAUAUUCCUUGACUUGGGGCCUGUGCUUCUUCUCGUGGGGCCUCAGCAUCGCCGUGAUCCUGUCACAGCAUUACCUGCAGGAUGACUUCGAACUGUGGCAUUCAUUCGCAUACUAUCACAUCAUUGCGAUGUUGGACGGAUUUUGUUCACUAUGGUACAUAAACUGUAACGCCUUCGGUACUGCCUCCCGAGGUCUGGCGAUGAACCUCCACAAGGCUUUGGAAGCUGACCACCCAGCGCUGAAGUUAGCCCAGUACAGGCAUCUGUGGGUUGAUCUGUCUCAUAUGAUGCAGCAAUUGGGUCGAGCGUACUCCAACAUGUAUGGCAUAUACUGUAUGGUUAUAUUCUUCACCACCACCAUAUCACUGUACGGCGUACUCUCAGAAAUAUUGGAACACGGUCUCAGCUAUAAGGAGAUGGGGCUGAUCGUCAUUGUGGGUUACUGUAUGACCCUGUUGUUCAUUAUAUGUAACGAGGCUUACCACGCGUCUAGAAAGGUUGGUUUAGAAUUCCAAGUACGUCUUCUAAAUGUGAACCUAGGAGCGAUAGACCGAAGUACCCAGCGAGAGGUGGAGAUGUUCCUAGUGGCCAUUGCUAAAAACCCACCCAUCAUGAAUCUUGAUGGCUUCACUAAUAUAAACCGAGAGUUGUUUACUGCUAACAUAUCCUUCAUGUCCACAUAUCUGAUCGUGCUUAUGCAAUUCAAAUUGACGCUCCUAAGACAAAGUGCAAGGAAGGCUUUGAGGAAAAUCGUGUCAGUAGUGUUCAACACCACCACUACCAUGCUGGACGACGAUGAUGAUGAAGACGAAGAAUAA